CUAUGGUGCUCAUUUAUCUGAAAAAGUACGUGUGGUCUGUAUUGGCCUCCCGUGAUUUGUUAGCAUUAAUCAUCUGGAUCUGUAUUAAGGACAGUUACGAGGGAUUUGAUGAGGCUCUACGAAACAGGCGUUUAAAGAACUUUAUCUGAUAGAAACAUUUUGGCCUGUUCUCAACCAGAAGCCAAGUUUGUCGAAGGCUUUUAUGUACUUCAUUACAUAAACCUGCAAUAUUGUUUGGCAACCUUUAAUAUUUCAGACUUUUUCGUGAAACGUUUUCCCUGCAUAUGUCGCUGAAUUGGUGUGUUUGAUAUAAUCAAGGAGCACAACAUCUACCUUCGACACAUGGGGGUAAAUUUUCAAGCAACCUCUGCCCACAACUUAGUUGUUUGACGAAGUUUUUUGAAUCCCCCACACUGUCACGUGCGCAAAAAAUUUUUAACCACACUUCUGUUGAAAAGGUUUGAAGCAUCGCGGAAGUAAAUAUGAUAGUGAAGGGAAAAAUAUGGUGGAAUCCUCGUCCGCAAUGAAUGUUGAUCUAAGUGUUAUGAAGCGAAUGGUAAAGGACUUCACGGCUGGCGCUAUUGGCGGUACUGCGUGCGUGAUGGCUGGGCAACCUUUCGACACAAUUAAAGUCAAAAUGCAGACAUUCCCAUCGCUUUUCAAAACUGCAAUUGAUUGUGGUGUUAAAACGUUAAAACAGGAGGGUUUUCGUGGAUUAUAUGCCGGAACAAUCCCUUCAUUGGCUGCAAACAUUGCGGAAAAUUCUGUCCUGUUCUUAUUUUAUGGUCAGUGUUUAACGGUAGUGAAAAAGUUUGUGGGGAAGAAAGAUGAAAAAGAGUUGAGUGUAUUAAACCGCGCUUUUGCCGGGAGUGGAGCAGCAGUGUUCUCUUCGUUUGCACUAUGUCCAACAGAAUUAGUGAAAUGUAGGCUUCAAGCACAACACCAAAUGAAUGUUAUGGCUGGAAAAACUGGAGCUAAGAGUGGGGUAGUACAAGUUACAAUGCAGAUUAUUUGUGAGGAUGGCUUUUUGGGCCUUUUUCGAGGAAUGACAUCAACGUUGGUUCGUGAAGUACCUGGUUAUUUCUUCUUCUUUGGGGGCUACGAGUUGAGCCGAUAUCUCCUCAGGCCAAAGGGAAAAACUGUUGAUGAUCUUGGUGCUGUGCGUCUUAUAUUCUGUGGUGGUAUUGCUGGUGUAUCUCUCUGGAUUGCUGUAUUUCCUGCUGAUGUCAUCAAGUCUCGUAUUCAGAUACUGACCCAGGGCUCUGACAAAGUACCAGGCUUCUUUGAGACAAUGUUUCAGAUUGUUCGGAAUGAAGGACCAAGAGCUUUGUACAAGGGCCUUGGACCAACACUGGUGCGAUGUUUUCCAGCAUGUGGAGCUUUGUUUGUGGCAUAUGAAGGAACACAGAAAUUGCUAGAAAAUGUUUAAAUCACCCUGCUCACUUUGUAAUAUUUGGUGGAUGUUGCAUGGCUAGGUGUAUACAGCCAAAUGUUAUGUUUGAGUUUCAGUAAUAUUUCUCUUGUGUAAGCUAAGGGAACUUAAUUCUAAAAGAUGCUAUAAGUAAUAGAAUGUAAAAUUUUCAACCCAUGCAUGUAAGCAUGGAAUUUUCUGUCUAUUUUAAAGAUAUCAAAUGAUGCAAUAUUUAUUUGUAAUAAUGACAGCCGUAGAGUUCAUGUGCUCAGAAGAUGUCCUCGCAGAAGUGUACACAGUAAGAUAAAAUUCUAUUAAAUAAAUUCUUUUCUUUUAAUAAUAA